ACCGCCAGCACCGCCCGGCACAGACCGUCACCGCGCCAACUCGGGGCUCUCGCGCCGGAAACUAUAUUAGCUGAAUCUAAAAGGUGUGCACAUCCAAGUACCUGAGACAUUAUUUGCUUCCCCGCAUUGUGAAACCUUCCUUCAGCACCAGAAUCAACAUAAUACAGAUAGAAGAGGAACACAGUGAGAACUAACAACAUGAAGUUACUCAUCUUCCUCACAGUAACCCUGGGCACACUUGUCACGGGACUAGAUUCUGUUUACAGCAGGAAGCACAACAAGCUGUCAUAUAAAUACAGAUCAAAUCGCAAGGAAUGCCAUUGUUUGAAUGGAGGAACCUGCAUUACUUACUACUUCAGCAAAAUUAGUCGCUGCAUGUGCCCAGAGGGAUAUGCAGGGAUUCACUGCGAAAUAGACACGACCAGCAUAUGCUAUACUGAGAAUGGGGAGGACUACAGAGGAAUGGCAACAGAAGAUGAGUGUCUGCCAUGGGACCUUCCUUCAGUAAUCAGAAGGGGUCAUUACAAUGUUUACUCAAAGAAUGCACUGCAGCUCGGACUAGGCAAGCACAGCUACUGCAGGAACCCAAAUGGAAGGGACAGACCUUGGUGUUACACUAAAACAGGAUUCUCCCUUCAAGAAACACCCUGCAAUAUAGAGAAGUGUGGCCCUGCAUGCGGUCAGAGGAGCAUCAACAAGUACUUCAAGAUUGUUGGUGGAAGCCAGGCAGAAAUAGAGUCUCAGCCUUGGAUAGCUGGUAUCUUCCAAAAUAUAAGGGGCAUUGACCAUUUUCUGUGUGGUGGCAGCCUCAUUGACCCUUGCUGGGUGCUUACAGCAGCACACUGUUUUCAUACUCCGUCAAAAAAACCACUAAACAAAUCCCUCUACAAAGUCUUUCUUGGAAAGCCUAUGCUGAAUGUUACUGAUGAUAAGGAACAAGUAUUCAUGGUUGAUGAAAUCAUAUCUCACCCUGACUUCACAGACGAUACAGGUGGCAAUGACAAUGAUAUUGCUUUGAUAAGGAUAAGAACAACUUCUGGACAGUGUGCAGUAGAAUCCCAAUACGUCAGAACAGUCUGCUUGCCAGAGAGGAACCUUUACUUACGAGACAACACCCGGUGUGAAAUAGCUGGGUAUGGAAAACAAGAUCUUUAUGACAUUUACUAUGCUCAAAGACUGAUGUCGGCCACUGUAAAUUUAAUAUCACAGACAAAAUGCAAAUAUGAAUACUAUGACAAUAUCAGAGUUACUGACAACAUGAUCUGUGCUGGAGAUCCCACAUGGAUGACUGAUUCAUGCAAGGGAGAUUCCGGUGGCCCCAUGGUCUGUGAGCACAAUGGCAGGAUGACACUUUAUGGGAUUGUCAGCUGGGGAGAUGGUUGUGCAAAAGAAAACAAGCCUGGUGUUUACACCAGAGUUACUCAAUACCUUAACUGGAUUGACUCCAAUAUGAAUGCAGUAAUGGCCAAGAAUCACUUUCUCCCUGAACCAAAGUGACCUUUUUUCUACAUCUGGACUCCAAUGAACAAAAUUAAGCCUAUACUGGUGCCAGGACACUGAAGUCCUGAAUGUCAUGAAGCUUUUCUUUUAAAAGCUGUUGUGGUCUGCCACUCACAUCAGUGUUCCUGAGGCAGAGAGACAGUUGACACGUUAUCUUACUACUAUGAAUUACCUGAAAAGCACUCCAUGGGAAGCCAAAAUAUUUAACAUUUAAAUGAGUAUUCCCAUGCACAAUACUAUGCAUAUCAAGUUAUCUGUCCACUUAAUUUAUGAGCCAGCAUUUGGUCUUGAAUUAUUUGUAAAGUUUUAACUUACUUAAGUAUCCAUUUUAUACAUGGCCUGACUAAAUCUUUCCUAAUCACACUGAACAACACUAAGACUCCAGUCCUAGAAACCUAACCUGUUAAGACCAGUACUGAGAGAGUGAUCAGGCUUUGCAUUACAAAAAGAAAGAAGCUGUAUUAGCAUUAUCACUAACACACGAAGAAGGACCAAAAACUACUUAUAGCAAGAAAAAGCCUGGUGUACAGGGUUCAUUUCUGUAGACUCAGUGUAUGCUAAAAUCUUAUGGAUGGCAUCUGUAACUGUGUCAGCUUUGCAAACUCCAUGUAUUCCACUUAGAACUGUACUGCAAGAAGGCAAAUUGGAAAACUGACUGGACUUCCAGGUCACAUGUGAAGGUGUGUGGGUCCCCUCAGAAGUCUGAUCAUGCAACUUUUCUACACAUACUUAUGCACCCAGGAAAGGGUUUAAGGAGUCAGCACUCACUGAAUACUGCUGAUGUCAAGUCAGAACUUAACUUCCAUUCAUUUAACUGAUAUUAUAUGGAAGUAACUCUUUUCCCCACAAUUUGUGCUGGUUUUAUUUUUUAACUUUGUUUUAUUCAUUUGAAUUAUUUGUAUGAGGGCUGGAACCUCAAGAUUUAUUUAAUUAUUUUACUGCAUCUAACUUAUUGUUUGUGUGAUGAUGUUAAAAUAACAUUAAAAAGCUCUGUUAUUCUUA